UCGAGAUGGAGCCGAACUCACUGAAGUGGGUGGGCUCGUCUUGCGGUUUACAUGGACCAUAUAUAUUCUAUAAAGCCUUUAAAUUUCACCGGGACGGCAAACCGAGGAUUCUGUCUCUCGGAGACUUUUUCUUCGUCAGAUGUAAACCGGAGGAUCCUAUUUGCAUAGCGGAGCUUCAGCUGCUCUGGGAAGAAAGAACAAGCAAGCAACUUUUAUCAAGCUCCAAACUUUAUUUUCUACCCGAGGAUACUCCCCAGGGACGGACAGUCGCCCAUGGAGAGCACGAGGUAAUUGCAGUGUCUGAGAAGGUGAUUGUGCGACUGGAGGACUUGGUGAAGUGGACGGUACCAGACUUCUCAGGAUGGACCCACUGUCUGAAGGCCGAGCCUCUCAAACCCUCGGUGCUCCGGGAGCUGGGGACCAACGGGAGGCGGGAGGCCCUCCACCGCUACCGCGAGAGCACCCUGACCAGCGGACUCAACUUCAAGGAUGUCCAGAGGGAGAGGGCACAGUUAGGCCAGGAAGAGGAUGGCCGGAAGGUUUUGGUGCUCAGUUACCCCCAGUAUUGCCGUUUCCGCUCAGUUUUGGCGCGGCUCAGGGAGCAGCCGUCCUCUCUGCUCAUAGACCACACGGUGCUGGCGCUGGGCGGCAUCGCUGCGUUGGGUGGCAGCACGAGAAUCCUGUACUGCCGGGACACCUUCGACCAUCCCACCCUGCUGCAGAACGAGAGCAUCUGUGACGAGUUCGCUCCCAACCUGAAGGGGCGACCUCGGAAGAAGAAGCCGUCCAUCUCUCAGAGGAGGGACUCCCAGAGUCAGGCUCAGGGUCAAGGGUCAUCGGGGUCAACCCAGGGUUCAGCAGCGGUGGCAGCACAGGACCCCUGCAGCCCAGACAGCAAAACUACUACCAAGGUCAAACCCAACUGUAAAACGGUACCCAACGGAAAAAUAACCCCGGCAGCCAAACACAAGGCCAACGGCCUCAGCAAGAGAUCCUCAGCUGAGGAGAGGGAGAGAGGGAGGGAUAAGGAAAAGGAUAAGGACAAGGAAAAGGAAAAGGAGGAAAGGAACGAGAGGGAGGACAAGAAAGAGGAGGAAACAUCAGAGGAGAGCCGAGCGGAGGAGCAAGCUUUCUUAGUCGAGCUCUACAAGUACAUGAAAGAACGAGACACGCCCAUAGAGAGGAUCCCCUUCCUCGGCUUCAAACAGAUCAACCUUUGGACUAUGUUUCAAGCUGCUCAGAAACUCGGAGGAUAUGAGUUGAUCACAGUGCGCAGACAGUGGAAGCAUGUAUAUGAUGAAUUGGGCGGGAACCCCAGCAGCACAAGUGCCGCCACGUGUACACGGAGACACUACGAGAGGCUCCUCCUCCCCUAUGAGAGGCACGUUAAAGGCGAGCAUGACAAACCCCUCCCCUUGGCCAAACCCAGGAAGCAGGAGGGCGGCCAAGAGAAGGCGUCAGGAGCCAAAGCCAAAGGAGUGGGGGCCAAGAAACUCAAAGGCCCCAACAAUCCCAAGCUGGGGAGUAAAAAGGACAGAGGGGAGACAGUGAAAGGCCAAGAACAAUCACAGGACUCCAAGGGGAAAAAGGAGAAUCACGAGCUGUCUGCAGCCAUAAAACAGGAGGUAUCUCUGCGAGAUGAACCAAUUGUAAUAGAGGAGGAAGAGUUACAUCUUACCCUAAAGAAAGAGGAGUCCUUGGCGCUGGAGCAGCCAUCUUCACUCUGCCCCAAAGAGCCAGUCUGCAGAGCCCCACAUGCUGGUCUAUCCCUUCAUGCUGGGCCCGGUCCCCAGCCUGAGUGGAGGCAAAUCAGCGAAGCCCUCCAAGCAAAACUCUCCUGUGAACAGCAAACUGAAGGGCAUUUUAUUCCUAAACACCCCUACCUGCCUCACCGCUGGGAUCCGAACAAACCUGCCGGACAUGUUGCUCUGCCUGAGCCCUCCUCCAGGGUCAAAGACUCCAUAGAAAGUCACGGUGGGAGAGUGGGGAAAGUGUUACCGAUGUGUAAGCAGGCAGACAGACAGUGUAUAGACUUGAGCUCAGAUUCCUACCCAGAGAAGGAAGACUAUGGGGUCAUUAAGAAGGAGUCCACCCAGAGCCCCACGCAGACGGCUGCCUACUGCAAAGCCAGCCAGGGGGUCAUGUCUCCGUUAGCCAAAAAGAAGCUCCUCUCCCAAGUGUGUGAGUCCAACCCUUACUCCUUUACUUCUCUGCAGCCUCCACCUCCCACGGUGGCUUCCUCUCUGCCCGUCAUAUCAGUGGUGGAAAGGGAGAAGGAGAAGAGGAAGGGUGAGGAGGAGGUGGUGGGACAGAGGCAUGGUUGUGUGUCGGACAACAUCCCGGAGGUAGCGCCAGUAUUCAGGCCAUCAGUCAUCCAGCACGCCCAGAGCAGCAAGCCUCACCAACAAGCUGCCAGUGGCUCGUCGGAGAGGAGCGCUGCCGGGGAGCUCUCAGAGACUUACAGCUGCCGGACGAGCCAUCACCUCCAGCCUCAAGUCAAUCCGCCGUGGCAGCCCUAUCUCCCCCGAGCGCAUGGCCAGGAUGGUGUGGAGAGCGCCGGGGAGACGCUACUCCAGGGUCCAGCUGCUCAGUCCCGGAGCUACACAAGCGACUGCUACUCCUCCCCUCACCUCCACAGUCUGUACAGGCAAACUGAGAACUGCCUGAGCCAGGAGAGGAUGGUCGGCUUCCCCAACGGAGAUCGGCGAGAGCGCUACGCCAGGGACCACGAGGGCAGCCAGGGUUUUGUCUGUCCGGGCCUGGAGCAAGAGGGCUUGGCCUACAGAUCUCACUACAGUGACAGGACUCAAACACACGGGGAGAGGAGAGAAGCAGACGAUGAGCCCAGAGACUUUACAAUCUCCAAACCCCUCUCUCAGAGGGUGUCCUCCUUCUCCAAGCCCUCCUUCUGCAGCCUCCCGUAUCCCAUCAUGCACCAGGGUUUGGACUCCCACCCUAAAGCGUGCAGAGUUCCCCCUAUGACCAUCUCUCCCUCCAAACAGAGCCCAGCAGAGUCAUCGCAGCCAUUUCCCAGCCCAAAAGCUUCAAGUGAUUCGUCCCUCACCAGCCCCACUCGGCCCAGCAAGCGGAGCCUCGUGGAACCCGACAGCGAGGAAGUCCCAGAGAGGAAGGUCCGCGUGGUGACGCCAAUCCACCCCGCUGGCGCGAUCCGACGCAGCGACCCAGAAGAGCUAAAACCAGCUGAGCCGGCCCACGCUGUUCACCUCAACAACCAUCUCCCUGAGGGCCACCCAACAACUACCUACCCCCCACCCCACGCUGCACCCCUCUACACUGCCAUGUACCCGCCCGGCAGCCUGGUGUCCCCGGGAGCUCAGGACGGGCUCCAGCAGCACCCAGGGCUCCAGUACCUGAAGAGCCAGUCAGCAGUGUCUCCCCUCGUGCCCCCGUUAGCCUUCCACUCCAUGAUGCUCCACAGGCAGCUGCUGGCCGCCAGCCCCAGCCCACACCACUUCUACAGGCACCCGGGCGGGGCCGCACUGUACGGGGACCUGCUGCACCACCUGUACCCUCUCUCCACCCUCCCACCACCUCAGCUGUCCUCGGUACACCCCAGCACCAGACUGUGAGAGAGGAGAGAGGAUGAUGUACUUCUCUCUCUCCAUCUUCAUCCUCAGAAACUUUCUCAGCUUCUCUUUCUGUCUCUUUUGCUCGGGGAUUGUGGCUCAGUCGAAAACAAACACUGAUAAUGAAACUUUGGCUGAUUACAGACUGAUAAACUCAUCAGUCAGGCUGACUGAAAAUUCCAUUUUCUUUUUUUAAAUUUGUGUAUGCAUAUGUUUAUAUACUUUGCACUGUUCUUUAUUUUUAUCACCACUUACUGUAUCUUUUUUGUUAUUGUUGUUGUAUCCUUAUUUGCACAAUGCUCACGUGUAUGUGCUCACAAAUCAGUUUGCCGCUCUCAGUCACCAUGAGUCAGGUUGUUGCUCUGGACGUGUGAAAAGUGGAGGGCAACAGAGAAAAGCCAUUUGUUUACUGCGUCUGAGGGCUAAACUUUUUUGCUUAAAAACACUACAAGUAACACGACAGCGCAAAUGAAACUCUUUAUAUAACUAGCGGUGCGUUCACCAUCAUGUUCAACAGCUGUUUAGUGCAUUAUCACACUUUAGACAGCCAGUGGUGUUGCAUCUGUUUACAUGUCUCCACGCUGAAAGCUGUCGCCAGUUUGUGCCACAGUAAAUCCACCCGGACUCCUCGGCAUAGACUCACUGCGGUGCUGCAUGACAUGAGAUAGUUUUAUCCUAACAUUCAGAGGUGCUGUGUGUAACGGACGUACUGUAGACUCACGUUUUACUCGGUUCAGGUUCUUAUUCGUUAUAUAUUUCAGAUCAUACAACACGAGCAGUUCAUUCUGUUGACAAAUCACGAAUGUUUUUUCGUUAAAGAUAAUGAAAAGCCGUUUUAAUUUUUUUAACUUUCCGGAUUGAAAGUAAUUUGAUCCUGACACCCCUUGUGAUGAGUAGACUGUAGCAGCUUGUUUUUGUCUGUAGGGCCGGCGUAAUGAAGCAGCCGUCUGCUGUGGAAUGCUCACCACAAGAAAUCAGCAUUUCAUCUUUUUGUUCUCGACUUGAAAAGCUUUUUUUUUUGUCGUUGUUGGUGAACAGACUCUUUUUAUUCAACACGCUGAAAAGACUCACUGUAUGAUUUGAUAGGAAUGUUGUCACUUAGGAUAUUAUUGCUUUGCAAAUAUCUGUGCCUUUCGCAGUCUUGGAUUAGAGUUAGCACUACAGUUGUUAAGGUUUAUCUCCUGUAGCAGGGUAGAGAAAUAUCAAUAUUACUGUCACUCUUGUCUGAAAUGCAGCACUCAUACAAAAACUACAUGGCACACUUGGCUUUCAGACACCAGACUUGAUAGGUAAGGCACAAAAUUCAAUGUUUUUAAGAUUUAAACAGCGACGCUUCAACCCGAUGGUUAGUACUUGUGCUUAGAUGACUCUAUUUACUUCGCUUAACUGUGUCAGGCAGUAAAAGAACCUGAAAAGAUUCACUGAUAGUUAAUAUUGACACAGGUCUGGUGUCUGUCAUCCGCAGGGCAUGUGUGCUCGAUGUGUUUUCUAGCAGUGAUGAAAAGGUACCAGACUCCAUAAAGUAUGCCUACCAUGCUCCGUAGCCUGAGGUGCAAAGACAACACCUGCUCUGGCUUUUACAACCACUAUAAUUGCAAUCCAGGAUAGUCGAAAUACACAGUCGAACAUGUCUGGUGUUUCAAAAGAAGAAGAAAAAAAAGAAGAAGAAGCUGUAAACGUCUAUGUGUAAAGUUUUACUGAAUACUUAGAUAAAGACAUUCAUUUCUGAUUAAGUACUGUACAUUGCUGUGUGUAGGUAAAACUGGCAUUAGUGCUGGCUCCUGUACAGAACAUUCAUACGGGAUCAAUUCACGACAACCCCUCUAUCUCUCUUGUCUUAUUUCCUGUGUAAAUAGCACUGUAGAUAGUACCGCGUGGUUGUUAUCAUAUAAACUGUUAUAAUCUGUAAAUAGUAUAAAAGCAGUAUAAAAGUCGGUUACACAAUCUAGCUGUGUCCUUGUUUGCUCUGUUUCAAGGUCACCAUGAUCAUGUUAGAUCUAAACGAACACUACAAUUUAAGAAUUAGGAUACUCUUUUUAUUUGUUGUCGUUUCACUUUUCUUUUUUCCUCCUCCUCCACGUUGUUUCCAUUAAUGUGCAUCCUGAAAGUGUUUUUGAUACAGUAGCCAUCUGUUUACCAAUCACCCAGCUGGCAAGCAAGACAAAAAAAUAAAGACAUUUUGUAUGAUAUGACCUCCUGUAUAUUUAAUUAAAAUAUUUUACUAUCUA